UCUCUCUUUCUCUAUUUCUCUCACACUGUACAUCGUUUUGAGUCUCUUGCCGGAUUGGUCAAUCACCGUAAAUACCGAUCUCCUCAAUCAGUCCGUUCGAUGAAAAUUCCGAAUAGAAUAAUCAAUUACGUGGCAGCAUCACAACGACGGUUUUGUCAUAAUCAUUCUGUGGAUAUAAUUAUAAUUCAUAAACAUCCAACUUCCUAAUUAUAAUUAUAAUUAUUUCUUAAUUAAUCUUUUUAUUUUUUAAAGAACGGAGAAAAUAGGAGGAGAGACUGGUUGGUAGCUAUCGUUCUUUUUCUGCUACGCACCGUCGCUCCGUCUUCUUCAUCUUCUUCAUCUUCUUCUUCGGUUCUUAAGGUACGAAUUCACUUACUCAAUCGCGCUUCCAAUACUAAAGCAAUACCGAUUCCCAUUGUCAAUCCCAAUUUCCGAUAUAUAUAUAUAUAUAUAUAUAAGAUUUUCCUAUACAAUUCGGUUUGUCUAAACCCGCAAGAAAUUUGGUCAUUCCAUUUUUGUGCGAUUGUUUUUGGAAAACAAAAUCAAUUAGAGGAAUAUUGUCUAAGAAUUUAGCGGUUUUGAUCGCUUUUUAUGAAUCGGCAAUAGCUAAUUUACUGGUAUAAAACCAAAAAAAUGGCGGGUGCCGGAGAUGAAGACGCCGACGCAGUUCUCAGCGAUCUGGAAGGCGAUGAUCCGGUACCGAUCGUUAUCAAGACUCCGCCCGCCGAUGAAAUCUCGCCGGAGAGAUACCGGGAGCUCCUCGCCGAGCUCGAUCGUGAGCGACAGGCUCGCGAGGCAGCGGAGAAUUCUAAGUCCGAUUUGCAAGUUCAGUACAACCGCUUGAAGGUUUUGGCGCACGAGAUGAUAAAGAAGCGCGACGAGUGCACGAGGCAGAAGGACGAGGCCGUGCGCGAAAAGGAAGAGGUUUCGAAAACCUGCGAGAAAGUCUCUGCGGAAUUGGCCGAAGCGAAUAGAGCAAAAGACGAGGCUUUGAAGCAGAGGGAAGAGAUUGAGAAGAAAUUGGAGGAGGCAGUGAAGGAAAGGGACGGAUUGAGGUCAGAUAUUGGGAAAUCCACGCAUAUGCUUGAGACUGGCAUCGAGAAGAUAUCUGCAAAAGUCAGUAAUUUCAAGAAUUUUGGAGCUUCGGGAUUGCCUCGCUCGCACAAGUACACAGGUUUGGCUGUUGUUGCUUAUGGUGUGAUUAAGAGGACGAAUGAGAUUGUGGAAGAACUACUCAGACAGAAUGAUGCCACUGCUAAGUCUAGGAAUGAAACUAGGGAGCAAAUGGAGCAGAGGAAUUACGAGAUUGCCAUUGAGGUCUCUCAGCUUGAGGCCACGAUUAGUGGGUUGAGAGAUGAGGUUUCGGAGAAAACUUCUGCUGUUGAGAAAUUGGAGAAGAUGAUUGCUGAGAGGGAUGGAAAGAUAUCUGAGUCUGAAAGAGAAGCCGCGGAGAAGUUGAGUAAGAUGGAGAGUGAAGUUUUAGAGUUGAGGCAGCUAGCCAGUGAGUGUGAUUAUAAGUUGACGAAUGUAGAAUCCAAAAUGGAAGCACAGAGGCCUUUAUUGGUUGAUCAGUUGAAUUUGGUUUCUAGAAUACAUGACCGGGUUUGUGAUGUUAUGAAGAUUGUCGAUCCCAAUAAUUUUGAUCAGUCAGAGUUUGCUGAGUCAUUGUUUCUACCUCAACAAACAGAUAUGGAGGAGAACAUACGUGCAUCUUUAGCUGGGAUGGAAUCCAUUUAUGAAUUGACCAGGGUUGUUAUUGAAAAGACAAAGGAUGCAAUCGAUGAAAAGAAUCGUGAAAUUAAGAGUUUGGAUGAAACUGUAUCUCAGUUAGUUAAGGAAAAAGAACAUAUUGGAUCUUUGCUUAGGAGUGCUUUGUCCAAGAGGAUGACAUCAAAUCCAUCUACCAAAACAAAUGAAUUGUUUCAAGUUGCAGAGAAUGGUUUACGAGAGGCUGGAAUUGAUUUCAAAUUUAGUAAGCAUAUUGGGGGGAGGUUUCCAACUUCUAAUGACAAAAUGGAUGCUCAUGAGACAGAAGAUGAAAUAUAUAAUUUGGCUGGUGCUCUGGAGAAUAUUGUUAAGGAAUCUCAGCUUGAGAUCAUUGAGCUCCAGCAUUCUGUGGAGGAAUUAAGGGCAGAGUCGAGUUUACUUAAAGAUCACAUGGAGGCUCAAGCCAAGGAGCUUGAACAUAGAAUGCAUCAAAUUGAGGAACUUGCAGAGAAGGAGAGAGUGGCAAAUGAAAGUAUUGAAGGACUAAUGAUGGACAUUGCUGCUGCUGAAGAAGAAAUUACAAGAUGGAAAGUGGCAGCAGAGGAUGAAGCUGCUGCUGGUAGGGCUGUCGAACAAGAGUUUGUGGCACAGCUGUCAGCACUUAAGCAGGAACUUGAGGAGGCAAAGGGAGCUAUUUUGGAGUCAGAGAAGAAGCUCAAGUUCAAGGAAGAGACAGCAGCAGCUGCCAUGGCUGCAAGAGAUGCAGCUGAGAAGUCAUUGAGGUUGGCAGACACGAGGGCAUCAAGGCUUAGGGAAAGAUUAGAGGAACUUACCCGUCAGCUUGAAGAGUUUGAAAACCGGGAAGACACAAGGAGGGGUAGAAAUGGGCCUAGAUAUGUAUGCUGGCCAUGGCAAUGGCUGGGGCUGGACUUUGUAGGUUCCAGCCGGUCUGACAUGCAACAACAAAGUUCAAAUGAAAUGGAGCUCUCUGAACCUCUUUUAUAAUUAUACUUUCUUUUUUUUUUGGUUCCUUUUUUCCUUUUGUAUUUAUUGUGAUUUUUCAGAAGGAGUACAGUGAAAAAAAAAUUAGCUUAGAGCAUCUUCAUUCUUCCAUGUCUUUUUUGUUUGCAAUGAUAAAGUUGAUCAAUCUUUUCUCACUUGAAUGCCUAGUUAGAAGUUUCUCUAUUUUCAUGUUAUGACUAUGAACAUGCUUACAGAUGGCAAUUACAGAAUUUUUUUGUUUCUUC